AUGGGGGAAAGUGCUGCAGGAAUAGUGCAGCCCCCAAAGCAGGACGCCCAACGGCAUAGCAAGCCAUUCAGGCCUGAAGAAAGGGAAGAAGGAACAGACCACAACACUACCAGCAAGGACUCACCCAAAUGUAGAGUCUUGAGACAGUCAGACAGUAAGGAUCAAAGCCCAACAGCAGAAAUUAACCUGGAUAAAGGCAUCAACAACACCCUUGAUCCCAAGACAGGCUUGAAGUUGUUCGUCGGAGAGAUGUGGAAACUCUUUGUAGAUGGGGCAUCCAAUAGGCACGAGUAUGAGGCAUUGCUAGUAGGUUUGAAAUCGAAACUUCGCAUGAAGGUCACCAAGCUAAUGGUGUACAGUGACUCCCAGCUGGUAGUCAAUCAGAUUUUAAUUGACUACAAGGCAAAGGAUGAUAGGAUGGCUAAAUACCAAGACUCGAUCAAAAAAGGAGAUCAUGAAGUUUGA